GCCCAAUCAGCCUAACCUUUUGUGGCUAUCUUUAUUCUGUUAUCACAUUGUAUUCCACACAUUAUCUGUGAAUCAGAUUGAAUUAUAAGAUUGAGUGUUUUAAAAGUCAACAACCCGAAAGUGCAAAACAUUCCAGCAUUUGCAUAUUUUUUGUUUGUUCUUGCCCAAGCCUUGUUUAACUAGGUUUGUGAUUUUGUAAUUUUUUGUGUAUGAUGGUGAUAUUUCUCAUGUCUCGAAAGUUUUACGGUACUUGCACUCUAGAAUUUUAUGUGUUCAAUUUAUGUGUAUUAUGGAGUUUUCAAAAUAUUCUAUAUAUCUACAUACAUUGUCACUGAAGUGAUUGAAGAAAUUUUGAAAUCGAUAUUGUUGUGAAAAAGUUGUUAGCUAUGAUGAUCAUUUUACUAACUAAUAUCUUUCCUCUAAAUUCAGUAAUAUUUUAUAUAGUUCCAAAUUGCUAUUAAAUAGAAAAAUGGGGAAUGACUUAUCUUUACCGAUGGAAAUGUGCUCCCAUUUUGACCCGGAAGAAAUUGCCAGAUUGGGGAAGCGAUUUCGAAAACUUGAUCUUGACAACUCUGGUUCUCUGAGUGUUGAAGAAUUUAUGUCUCUACCAGAACUGCAACAAAAUCCUCUUGUGCAACGAGUAAUUGAUAUUUUUGACCAGGAUGGAAAUGGAGAAGUGGAUUUCCGAGAAUUUAUCGAAGGAGUUUCUCAAUUCAGUGUGAAAGGUGACAAACAGUCCAAGCUGAAGUUUGCAUUUAGGAUUUAUGACAUGGAUCAUGAUGGCUUUAUCUCCAAUGGCGAACUUUUCCAAGUGUUGAAAAUGAUGGUUGGAAGCAAUCUCAAAGACUCACAGCUACAACAGAUUGUUGAUAAGACAAUCAUUUAUGCAGACCUUGAUGGCGAUGGUAAAAUUUCAUUUUCUGAGUUUUGCGCCAUGGUCGAUACUCUUGAUGUUCAUAAGAAAAUGGUGGUAGAUGUAUGAUUAUAUAUAUGUAUAUAUUUCGCAUGUUUAAAUUAUAUCUGAACAAAAGUAUAGAUGGGUAUUUAAAAUGAAGCAGGUAUUAUAUUAUUGUUUGCACCAACAACUGUAUGUGGAAAAUACAUAUUACACAUUUUAUGGGCUGUUGCUUUUGCAAUCAUGCAUUGCAAAUAGAUUGCCGAUAUAUUAUCAAUUUCUUACUGUUGUGAUAUGUAAGUAUUUCAAUUUACUUGCUGUACUGAAUGUUAUAUUUGGUUGACAUAUUGGUAAUGCAGAUGCCCCUACUAUUAAAUUUUCCUGAAUAUAUGUUUUAGGUUUAUGUAGCAUAGAUAUGUUUGAUAUCAAGACUUGUGAGUUUGUUUGUGAAAUGUAUUCUUCUGCCAUGUAUGUUCAGUGUUUUGUCUUAUAUUAUAAAGAGAUUAUUUGUGAAUUGCCAUUAUUUCUAUAAUACUUGAUCAUAAUAAGGUUUCAUUCAGAUCUAGUUUCAUGUGAAUUGGUCAAAGUCAUUGACAGAAAAAAUUCUACAAAUGAAUGUCAUUUAAAGCUUAUUAGCCCAAUACGUUUUAAUGGACUACAGAAUUACGAGUUUAGAGAUUCCGAUAGUCUGCCUAAUAGAACCUUGACAAAAGGUGUCUUCCAUUUAUUCUUCAUUUCAUGUGCCUUAUAUUUUGAAUGUUUUUUAUCAUACCUAGUGUAUAAUCUUAUUAGAUUAUAAAAAAUACUUAAAACAUGUUGCGUUUCUAUAUGUGAUGCUGUCUCAAUAUUUGCACUGUAUGUCUUCUGAUCUUCAAAGUGAUGUCUGUAAUCUUGUUUAUAUGUAUUUGUAUGUUUUAUAUACUAUAUUUGUUGUUAUUAUUGCAAACACUAAAUGUAUUUAUCUGUGAUGUUUAAUUUUUUCAG